AUGGAGAGCCACCACACGGUCUCAUCUGUUGUCACUGUUAAUACACUGCCCCGCCCCGCCUCACCGCCCCACCGCCCCACUGCCUCACCGCCCCACCGCCCCACUGCCUCACCGCCCCGCCCGCCCCGCCUCACCCCGCCCCACCCCGCCCCACCGCCCCGCCCACCGCCCCACCGCCUCACCGCCUCACCGCCCCGCCUCACCGCCCCGCCCCACCCCGCCACGCCCCGCCUCGCCGCCCCGCCCCGCCUCACCCCGCCCCGCCUCACCCCGCCUCACCGCCCCGCUCCGCCCUGCCUCACCGCCCCGCCUCACCGCCCCGCCCCGCCUCGCCGCUCCGCCUCACCGCCCCUCUCCCUAUAUCACCCCUACAGAGAGGAGCUGGUCACAGCGUCAUGGCAACCGACACAGUCCGCUCACUGUUACAUCUUUGUCUGUCUAAGUAGUAGCAAUGUCAAAGACAAAGAACGACUACAGACCUGCAGACCUACAGAUCUACAGAACUGCAGACCUACAGACCUGCAGACCUACAGACCUACAGACCUGCAGACCUACAGACCUAUAGACCUGCAGACCUGCAGACCUACAGACCUGCAGACCUACAGACCUGCAGACCUACAGACCUGCAGACCUACAGACCUACAGACCUGCAGACCUACAGACCUGCAGACCUACAAACCUACAGACCUGCAGACCUGCAGACCUACAGACCUGCAGACCUGCAGACCUACAGACCUGCAGACCUACAGACCUACAGACCUGCAGACCUACAGACCUGCAGACCUGCAGACCUACAGACCUGCAGACCUACAGACGUACAGACUUACAGACUUACAGACCUGCAGACCUGCAGACCUGCAGACCUACAGACCUGCAGACCUACAGACCUACAGACCUACAGACCUGCAGACCUGGCCCUUCAAACUAAAAACUAAUAAGAGAUUCAGGAGUGGAGAAAGGAGACAGAGAGAGAUGAACAGUGUUAGAGAGGGAAUGCUGACCAUAUGCUGA